AGACUUUGUUGAUGAAGCACAUAAUCAGAGACUUUGGUUUAUGAUUCUCUUUUAUGUUUGUGACACGAAGCAGAGACAAAAACAUGGGGUUACAAGAUUCAUCUCAAGAUUUGUCGACAGAGAUGGAAGUUGAUGCUUUUAGAAGAAUCUUCCCUCUUCGUUUCUUUGAGCGUCAUCUCUCUGAAUCACUUCGACCUGAUGGAAGACAACUUGGGAAAGCUAGAGACACCAUUGUUAACCUUGGACUUGUUUCAACUGCUGAUGGGUCUGCUCUUGCCAAGAUUGGUUCUACUACUAUGCUUGCUGCUAUUAGAAUGGAAGUUAUGACUCCUUCUACUGAUUCACCAGACGAAGGAUGCAUAGCUCUUGAGUUCCACAUGCCUCCUAUUUGUUCUCCGACUGUUCGUCCUGGAAGACCAAAUGACGCUGCUCCCGUUAUUUCAAAGCGUUUGUCUGAUACUAUUUUAAGUUCUGGUAUGAUUGAUCUUAAAGAACUGUGUCUAGUUAGUGGAAAAGCUGCUUGGAUGGGUUAUCUGGACAUAUAUUGCCUGGAUGCUGAUGGUGCUCUUUUCGAUGCUGCUCUGCUUUCCGCUGUUGCAGCCUUUUCGAAUCUGCAAAUUCCAGUUGUUGCUCUGAAUGACAAUGGAAGAAUAGUUGCCAUCACUGGAGGAAAAGAUCAAGACAAUGCUUCUAUCACCGAGAAAGAAGCAGUAAACAAGGAGAAGAGAAAACUUACGCUUAAGAACAUCCCUUUCUCUUUAACUUGCAUUCUCCAUAAGAACUACAUCUUAGCAGAUCCAACAACCGAAGAAGAAUCGAUCAUGGACACUCUAGUGACUGUUGUUUUAGAUUCCUCGGAUCAAAUGGUUUCUUUCUACAAAUCUGGAGGAUCCGCUCUCGCCUAUUCAUCAGCCAUCAAGAGCUGUGUCGAGUUAGCAAGGAAGAGAGCAAAAGAGCUUAAGCAGAUAUUGGGGGAGAUGGAUAUCGACUAAUUUAUCAGAUGGAAUCAUUCCAUAACAUUGUUGAAAUUUUGUGUUACAUAUUUUAAUCAGACCACCAAAAACCCAUUUACACCAUUUUUGUUUCGUUGUGUUUAGGUUUUGUUGAUCCAUAUAACGUCUUUUAAUGUUAGUGCAAGUUUGCGAUUAUAUGAUCUCUAUUUCAAACGAAACGAAAUGUGCGUUAUAAAAAUGCUAAACCCAAAAUCAAUAAACAUGUUUGGGUUUU